AUGAUGGACGACUUCGCAGGGCAUUAUGGCUUCUCAGAUGACAGUUUUGGCGAGGAAGAUGAGACUCUGCUGAAUGAAGACUCCGUUCAACCUUUGGUUGUACCUGUUCAGUAUGAUUCAUCCGAGGAUGACGAGCAUGAAGAUGAUUGUGAAGAAGAUGAUGAACAAUCUUGGGAUGAAGACGUUAUUCCCUAUGACCGAUUCGUUUUCGCUGAAGAAAGUGGACCAGAUGACUCUGCUCAGAAUUGUACGAGGCCUAUCGAUUGCUACCAGCUCUUCCUAACAAGUGAAUUGUUAGAUCUCAUGGUUACAGAGACGAAUAGGUAUGCAAAAGAGAAAAUGGUGGUUAGGAAUAAAGACUUGACCGAUACAACUGUCGAAGAAAUGAAACGGUUUUUGGGCAUCUGUCUCUACAUGGGAAUUGUCGAGCUGCCGAGCAUGCGUGAUUACUGGUCUACGAAGCCUAUUUUCGGAUGUUCUGUGGCAACUAAAAUCAUGGCUAGAAAUCGUUUUGAAGUCCUGCUAUCAUGCUUACACUUCGUAGACAACGAAAAUGCCGACAAGGAAAGUAGACUCUAUAAAAUUCAGCCGGUUUUAGACUUACUUAACACUUCCUUUCAACGAAUGUACAAGCCAGAAAAGGAAAUUUGCAUUGAUGAAACAAUGGUACCAUUCAAAGGACGGAUCGUAUUCAAGCAAUUCAACAAGUCUAAGAGCCACAAGUACGGUGUCAAACUGUUCAGGCUCUGUUUCAAAGGUGCAUACACUUUGAAGGUGAAGGUUUAUGCAGGCAAGGACUCCAUAAGGACAGGAAGUGUAGCUGACGCAGUGGUUAUGGAGCUCAUGAAAGGUUAUUUGGAUCAAGGAAGAGAUCUGUGCACUGAUAGUUGGUAUACAAGUCUGUCUCUGGCAAACUCUUUGCUUGCACGAAAAACCAAUCUUAUCGGAAUUAUCAGAAAAUGCCGCAAAGGAAUUCCGCUCGCUGUGAAGAACAGGCCCUUAAAAAAAGGCGAUAUCCAUUUCCAACAAAAUAACGAGGGAUUCUGCUUCUGGAGAGACAAAAGGGAAAUCUACAUGCCCUCAACAAGACACGACGGAUCUUGCGGUGUCAACGAAAAGCCCAAAGUUGUGGAUGAUUACAACAAGAUGAAGGGUUUUGUAGACCACAGUGAUCAAAUGGCUUCUUACACUCCGUUUGUCAGGAAGACAGCCAAGUGGUACAUAAGGCUCUUCUUCCAUCUGCUAACCCAGACUGCUCUUGUGAACGCCUGGAUGCUCUAUAAUCAGAACAGUAGGAUGAAGUUUAACGACUUCAAAAUUGCAGUUGCUGAGAUCUUGAUGGACCUUGAUGGAAAAAACAGCACAGGCCAUGGAAAAAAACGCAAGUUAAUCGAAAUACCAGAAGCAGACUCCAAUGGACGCCGGAAAUGUAAAAGUUGUUACAGCAAAAUGGUAAACGAUUUCAAACGUCAAUAUGCUAGAGUACAUGCUAAGAAAGUGAAAACCCAAUGUAGCAUUUGUCACGGCUUCUACUGUCUGCAGUGUUUUCAAGAUGUACAUAAAUCUUGCGGAAGUACCUAG